CUACCAGUGCCUACUACUAUCCAGUGGUAGACACUACUAUACACCAAUGAUAUUGCCGGGUCCGGGCAAAAAACUCCAAUCAGUGCACUGUUUUUCAAGAUGCCACUCGAGAGUUGCAGCCCCCUAGGGAUGUACAGCAGCAAAGGAAACCCUUGAAAAUCUGACUCUUGAACUUACUAGAUUCAGGAGGGAACGACUGAGAAGUUCUGUGUUAAAAGAGGCUCAGUGUCGAGGUUUUACUGGACAAGGCGUCGGCCAACCAGGUGCUUAAGUCGAUUUUAUGAUAGUUUCAUCACGUGUUGUUGAAGCAUUGCCGGCUCCGACUGACGUGUGGCGGUCAUUUCUAUCUCUCCGACUGCCAACACCGAAUCUGACUCAGAAAAAAAAUUACACCAAGAACGAUUUCAGGCCAGGCUUUCCGAUUACUCUUAGUUCCGCUCGCAGGUUUAGUACGCCCUCUGGAAAUAUCCGCUACCUUAUCAGUAUGGACACGAAUACCUGCCCGAAAUGCGGAUUCAGCGCUAUACGUCCUUACACUCCUUCCGUCAAUCCGAGCGAGCUACUACAAUCUGGAUUCUCGUCACUUGACGUCUCCCGAGCCUCCAUCCUAACCGACGUAGCCAACCUUGAUCAAGAGCUACAGCAGAUCGAGUCCCUUUAUGGACGAAUCCGUGACCGGCGCGAACAAAUCCUGAAGGACCUCGGCGGUUGCAAGGCCCUCCUAGCGCCGAUCCGUCGUUUACCGAGAGAGACGUUACUUCAUAUAUUCUCCCUUGCGUCGUCUGAUGCUCCCCAUCCCUUCGAUGCUCCCUGGAUUCUCGGUGAAGUUUGCUCGACCUGGCGGAGCAUUUCCCGUUCAUAUCCCUCUUUAUGGACGAACAUCGACAUUUCCCGAUCUUGCAGUCUUCGCCCUCUGCUAUUCAUUGAAACCUAUAUCUCUCUUUCCGGCAACCUACCCCUGCACUUGCAUAUACGAAGACACGUCCAAGAUGUAAAGAUGGAUGUUCUCACCCGUCUAGCAUCGCAUUCGGGGCGCUGGUCAACUUUGGAUCUGGAAAUCACCGAUCGUUUAUUAUGCCGUCUCCUGAACCUAGCAUCAACGCCAGCUACCCGAUUGACGAAUCUUCGUUUCUGCCUAUUGGGUGAAUCCCAGCCAGUGAUCAGUCAUGCAGUGGUGAACAACCUCUUCUCUUCAUCACCCAUCAAAGAAGCGAAGCUCGAACAUAUUCACUCUUCAUCCGUGCCGAUAAACAUGACCGAGUUGCGCAUCUUCCACAUUCAUUCAUAUGAUCCUGCGGAACUCCUCUCCAUGUUACAACAGGCGGAGCGACUAACUGAGUUCGCUGUAACACCCGUUAAACCCCCUCCUAAUCUCACCAAUGCGGCACCAAUUCCUUACCCUCCAAUGACCCACACAUCUCUACAGCGACUAUCACUUGUUGUUGACAUCGAAAAUUCACGCGAUGUCACCAAAAACCCGGUCGCAUUUGACUACGUUACCCUUCCAGCUCUUCAACAGUUGGAAGUCCAAGUGAAUAUCCAGCCGCCAACGCCGGGUAUCCUAACAAGUCCUUUCGAAUCCGUGGAUUACGCUCGUCCGAUCAGGCUCGUAGAUCGUUCUCAAUGCAAUUUAACUACUCUCACUUUCUCCAUACCCAUCUCUGUUGAGGCGCUCCUCGUCCCUAUUCUCAUACGAUCCCCCGCAAUCCAAAGGCUUGACAUCUGUGUCAAUGCAUCUGUGGCAAGAGACGUCUUUCAUAUGCUGACUCUCGAACAAGGGUUAGCCAACUGUCUAAAGGAGCUUCACAUUCAAGAGACGAUGAUCCAAACGGCACCCAGCGGUAUCCUGGAGGACGCAGUCCCAUUUCACGCCAUGAUCCUAUCGAGAUUACAUGGCGAUAGACAUCUGGAUACGUUGCGGCUAUCACUAGGCACAUCAUGGGCUGAACAUCGGCCCCCUCUUCCUGUUGCGCAAGAUUCACCAUUCCGUGAUUUGUUCCGGAUCAAGGAUGAAGGGAUAAACGUCGAAUUUUUGUUGGAUAGGAAGGAUUGUCUCGUUGAUGGGGAGGCUCAUGCUAGGUUUUUUGGUUCAACGUAAAUCUACGUGUAUAUACAUCUGUACUUCGUGAUCUUGAUAAAUUCAGCAUCUAUUUCCAGG